UAGUCCUGCGAGGGCUCCGGCGUCGCGCGCAUGCGCAGUGCUGGGCCUCGCGCGGCCGCGUGCGGCGGAGACGGCGGCUGGUGGGUGCCGGUGGCUGCGGGCCACUGCAGGGGGCGGCCGGGCGCUGCGCCGCCCGUUGGCUCCCACCCGCCUCGGAGGGGCCGGCAGCCCCGCUGGGUGCCCUAGGCCUGCCGGAGGGAGCGGGGCAGGAGAGGACGGGACAGCGCGGCGGGCUCGGGCCCCCGCCCUCUGCGCCGGACAUGUCCGGGGCGAGGGAGAAGAAGCGGGCCAAGAAGAUGAGAAACCAGCCGGCCAGCGUCACCCUACCCGCCGAGCCGGGGCCCUUCCCCGCCGGCGGCAGCAGAGCCUGCCCGCCGCCAGGAGAUGUUCGUUCUGAGGGUCUGCUACAGUAUCAACAGCAGAAAUUUUUGCAUCAGUCGCCUGGGACUUCUUACAGGAAAGACCAAUAUUUUCCGAAAGGACAAAAUAGAGGAGGCAGAGGCAGAGGAAGAGGAGGAUGGCAAGGAGGAUGCCAGAGUGCUUCUGAGGAAAUGCCUAAAUACAUUACUGCAUCUACUUUUGCUCAAGCUCGUGCUGCUGAGAUCAAUGCCAUGUUGAAGGCAGUUGCGCAGAAGUCUUCAAACUCGCUCGUUUUCCAGACGCUACCUAGGCACAUGCGAAGGCGAGCCAUGAGUCACAGUAUUAAACGCCUACCCAGGCGGCUCCACGAGAUUGCCAGAAAAGAGGCAGAGAAAGCUGUGCAUCAGAAAAAAGAACAAUCCAAGACUAAAUGCCGCAAAGCUAGAAGGCGCCACAUAAACUUGGUAGCAGAGUUUAAUCGCAGGCAAAGAAAGAAUAUAUGGCUGGAAACACACAUUUGGCAUGCAAAGAGAUUUCAUAUGAUAAAGAAAUGGGGAUACUGUUUAGCAGAUAGACCUACAGAGAAGAGCUACAGGGCUUGUUACCGAGCCAUGACAAAACACUGCCUUCUUCAGGAUUUAUCAUAUUAUUGCUGUCUGGAGCUGAAUGGUGAAGAGAAUGAGCUUCUGAAGCAGCUUGCUCGAAUAUGUAGCCCUGACACAGGAUUAAUGUUUGGAGCAGAGUUUUGUCUGUCUGGAAGAUUCGAGGGUUCCCUGAACCUUUACCGGGCAGAUCACUAUCCCGAGGAUAUGCUUGGUCCUGUUACAUUUAUUUGGAAACCCAAGGAUGGGUCUGAAAACAGACAGUUAUGGAUCUGGAUGCAUCCAGCUCUCAAACAGGAUAUACUGAAUGAGUUAAAAGAAAUUUUUCAGUGUUCAGAGCCUGAAGAAAUCUGUAUUCCUGAGCCAUUUACAACAUUAAUUCAAGAGGAAAAACAAACAGAUGUUGCUGUGAGCCUUGGCAAGAAAAGAAAGAAGGAGGAUAAAGACGGAGAAAAAGCUGUGCCAGUGAAAAAAAUAAUUGGUGAUGGAACUAGAGAUCCACUCCAGCCCUAUUCCUGGACCUCACCAGCUACUGGCAUUGUGAUCAGUGAUCAAUCUAUGGAGAUUCUCAGAUAUCGGCUGAUUGGCCCAUUAUCACACUCUGUCCUUACAGAGACCCUGAAAGCUGCUGCUCUUCAAACAGAGAUGGCAGAUUCAGAGACAGAACUUAAUAAUUGGUGGGUAGAAAACUGCAAGGACUCUGAAAAAGUAUCUCUUCAUCAACAACAAACUGCUAUCUUUGAGCUAUUAGAAGGGAUAAGUUCACCUGCAGAAGUGCCAGCAGGUACAAUACUGGGCCUGACUGUUGGAGAUCCUCGUGUCAACUUGCCAAAAAAGAAAACAAAAGCCAUGCCAGAUCCUGAAAAAUAUCGAGAUUAUGAUAAAGUUAGGCAGCUAUUCCUUGAGGGUGUACCUGUAGGAUGUGCUCACAGCUUUAUCUGGGACCAUGACAUCUGUAAGAACGUCACUGAAAAUAAAAUCUCAGAGCAGGACUUAAACCAUAUGAGAGGUCAGUUACUGGUACCUGGAUCACAGCUUGAUUUGGGUCCUUGUGAAUCUAAGAUUCCUGUACUGUUGGUGCAGCAGCCAGGGAAAAUGGCUGGAGAAGAUCGACCAGGAUGGGGGAGUGGCUGGGACAUCUGUCUCCCAAAGGGCUGGGGCAUGGCUUUCUGGAUUCCUUUUAUCUAUCGAGGUGUACGAGUCGGUGGCUUGCAGGAGAGUUUAAAACAUUCUGAAUAUAAAAGAACACCUCAUACUCCAAAUGAUUAUCCAGACUGCCCUGCAGGAAUCCAGUUUGCCAAAGAACUGGAAAACAGUCUUCUUGAAAAAUUCAAACGACGUCCACCUGCAAAAAGGGCAAAUUAUGUCAAGUUGGGCACUCUGUCCCCUUUCCUCUGUCCUUGGGGGCAGCUGACGAAGAACUGGGAAGAAAGACUGAAAGCUUCAGGAGAAUUUGUAUGUCCUUCCUUCCCACACACUGAGAGCUGUGCAACCAAAGGGCAGAGCCUUUGUGACCCCAAACCAGAAGUGGUCAAAGAAGCUUCACCUGAGACUGGCGAGGUAGAGCAGACCAUGGAAAUAAGCUCUGAAGGUGCCCUAAUGACAGAGGAUGUUGCAGGCACCCAAGGCUUUGGUGAGGGAGAUGAAACUAUGACAAGGAGUAUCUUUAUUGUUCUCAGGAGUGAGAAAUUACUAAUGCAGUUAUCAGCCUGGUGCUAUCCCACUUCUGGAAAAGAUCGUCGAGACCGCCUUGUUUCUAGACUGGGACAGAAGGAAAUGACUGAACAUGCCCUUUUGCCAAUCUUGAUGAGCUACCCGAGGGCUAUAGUAUGGGUCAACUUGUCUCUCUUGAGAAAGGGGAACCCUGAAUUACAUGCUAUGAUUUGCAUCCCAACAGAGGAAGAUUUUCUGCAUCUAAGCAAAGACCAGCUCUUCUGUGGUCCUCAAGAACCCAAACAUUGUGACAUAUUCAAGCACAAGAUACAGAAACUAAAAAGGAAGAAGAAGAAGAAGGAGGAGGAGGAGGAGGAUGUGAAGGCUCUAGAAAGUGACCCUCCCGGUAUUUCAGAUAAAGAAAUAACUGAGGAACAUAAAGAUCUGAUUCUCGGUCUUUGGUCAGACCCUCUCCCAGAUGUUACUUCCCACUGCUCCAGAACCCUCCUCGGAUAUGUCACUCGAGGGGAUUUUUCAUUGGCAGCGGGCUGUGGAGAAGCACUGGGUUUUGUUAGCUUGACAGGAUUACUUCAUAUGUUACACAGACAGCCCACAGAUAAAAAAGGGCUUGUUUUGUUAAGGACUCCAGCAUCUUUACAGUACAGAUUUGCGAGACUUAAUAUUGAGGUGUAAGUAUCAUUGCAAUGCAGUAAAAUGCCAAAGAAUGUCUUCGUUUUCUGUCUUUUGUGGCCUUUCUGACAUGUCCCAAAGUUGAGGAGGUGAUUCUGAGCCCAACAAUGUCAUGAGGCAUAUGAAAUAACUGGAAAGCCUUGUAGCUUUAUUCGUGAAAAUAACUAAUGAAUAAACAGGCCCAGUGUUACUUUUGAUGUCUGCAAUGCUAAGGAUUUCUAAGAGCAACAGGUCUAUUAACAUGAUCUUGUUUUUAACCUAAGAGACAUAGUGUUCUUUUUUUUUCAUCUCAGAGCAUUGGAUGCUCUAACAAUACUCACACAGAAAAUCAUGCUUUUCCCUUUAGAAGUCUUCUAGUCAGAUGGCUGAUGGACUGUAACCUACCAGUUCAUUGUUCACCUGUAAGUGCAUGCAAUCUUGGCCUGUGCAUAUAGCAAAUAUCUGUUCCCUACUCGUUGUAUCUGAAUAUGUGUGGCUACUUUGGAAUAGAGCAAAGUAGACAAAUCUAGUACAGAAAGCAGAAGGUACUUAUUUUGGUGGAAAAGAUCUGUGCUUAAAUGAAAUUCAAAUAAAAGGUAGUCUGGCUGCCUAAUACUGGAUUAGAGCAACGAAAGCUCUAUGUGGAAAGGUGUAUCAGUUUCCCUCUCUAUUCUGAGAGAGAAAAUUCUGUUUUUGAAGGGCAGUAAGUCUUUCAAAUGUAAAUUACAGUCAGUGGGUGUGUUUACAUUUUCUGUUAAUAAUUGGGGAUAUUUUUGUUCCUUAAAACAUGAGUUUAUUUUUUUUUAUGGCAUGUGCUAGGACUGAAGGGUUUUCUUUCACUUUACAGUAUGGGUUAUGAAUGUUGUCCAAACAGUCAUAAAACUUUUAAAGCAUUUCUGGGGUGGAAGGUGAGAAAGGUGUUUGGGGUUUUUGUUUAGUUUUGUUUUUAAGAAAUGAUAGCCUUAACUCAAGAAUGGAUAAAAGUUUAAGCAGCUUGAAAAUGAGAUGUACAAUAAUGCAUUGUAGUUUAAUAGCAGUAUGAUGCAAAUAUAUCCUAGUUGGUAAAAUUACUCUGAAGUGAUCAUGUAUAAAUAAAAAUGUAAUAUAUCUGUUCUUGAUUCAGGAGUCUAUUGAUUGAGCUUGAUUCUUUAAAAAAUUAAAUAUGGAUCACUUAA